GUACUGCUUUCUUCCGUAGCCUUUGGACAGGUCUUAUUUUCUAUGCUAAAACUGCCAUUGUCUGUGUAAUCAGAAUUUCAGUCUUACAUGCCAGGCCACUGGUCUUCACUGUACAAGUGUUAGGGCUUCUACAGUAGUUUCUGAGUGGAGAGCUAAACUGAGAACUUGCUAAGUUGGAGAGCUCCUGUUCUACUUUCAGUCUGUAAAUAUGAAUGUUGCCUACUGCUCUUAAUAGUUUGAGAGGAGGGGGCCAAGUGAGAGAACCGGGAAGCAGACAGUGGAAGUGAUGGUCAGUCUUUUGGCCAAAAAGGAUUGCCUGCCUUUGUGAAAGAACUGGGUGUACGUUGGUCUUAUUCCUAGUAUCUGCUGUAUGUUGGGUCACAAAGGAGAAAAAGAUGAAAAGGAGACUGUCAGUAGGCCACCACUAUGGUCCACAAAACCCACUGCAACCUCUUUACCAGAGCCUGGAAGAAAAAAGGGUUUUUCACUCAGCUGAAGGCGUGGUGGAUACACUAGGAUGGACACAGAGGAAUUCCCUCCCCCACCGCCAGAAGUUCUAGAGCGUGAACCCAAAGCUGUAGGUACAAAUGAUGAAGAGGAGGAUGAGGGAGAACAGUUUGACUUUGACAGUGGGGAUGAGAUACCAGAAGCAGACAGACAAGCCUUCGUGCCACCUCCUCCUGAGCCUGGAAGUAACACAGAGCACCACGAGGCUAAUGUCACAGCUAAAGGAGCUGAUAGCUUAGAAAAAAGUGAGAAGCUACAAGCAUCAGAAUCUACUGCAGAAGAUACUCCAAGGAAAGUAAAUCCCUACUCAGUCAUAAAUAUUUCCCCAAUGCAAGAAAAGGAUCCAUCCUCCUCACCAGAUCCAAGUCCUCAAGACGAACCUGCCAGUCCAAACACAUCCAGUGGAUAUUCUGUCCCUGUGCCCUGUGGCUAUGCAGUGCCAUCCAAUUUACCUCUGAUUCUGCCAGCAUACUCCAGUCCUGUCAUAAUACGUAGUGUUUCUGUAGAUGAGGAAGGUAUGCAGUCAGCAACUGAAGAAUGCCAUUGUAAUUCUUUAAACUCAGAGGAGCCCCAAAAUAGGUGAUUGACAACUCAGUAUGUUUUAAUGACCUAUAAAACUUUAAUUCCUGAGAAACCUUGGAUUAAAUAAAUCAA